AUGGCUGGAGGGCUCCGCGACGCAACUGAAGGCAACCCGGCAGUGACCCAGCUGUUGGUUGAAGACCGGGAGGUGUGCGCCCGCGCCGUGAAGCGGCGCCUCAGGGACAAGGAGGGCAUCCCCAGCGGGCAGCGUCGGCUGGUGUUCGGCACAUCGGCGGGCGGUUCCGCAGAGGGAGGCGAGUUCGUCGCCGAGGAGAUCCUCAGCGAGUUGGCCAGCUGGCAGGCGAUCGUCUUCAAGAAUCGGACGGCGAUCGGACGGCUGGUGCAUCCCAAGCUCCAGACCACCGGGCACUCGGACCAAGGUGCGUCCUGCGAGGCGGAGGCGUGGAUCGGCGGCGGGCUGCCGGUCCAGCUUUACCAUCUCGCCUUCGACAGGUGGCAGCCCUCCGAAGACAGGCACCGGCCUGGGGGCCAGGGUGGGACAGGAGAAUCCAAGCAUCUGUCCAAGCCCCUGCACCUGCCCGUUGGCGCCGAAUUUCGGGACUCUGAUUUCCAGAUCCGGCUGUUUGGGCGCGUGAGGGGCCGCGUGUUUGCCCUGCCGUUUGCCUACAGCAUCCCUGGGAGGCAGACGGGGGCGGCGGUGUCGCUGUGCGAGCAGAGGGUGCGCUACGCGCAGAGGCGUGGGGAGGCCUGGAGAAAGGCCACGGCCAGGGGCGGACGGGAGGCUGUGGCGCAGGAGGGCGUGCAGGAGGACGUGGCCAUUCGCUGUGGUAGCAACCUCGAGAGCUGCAUUGCACGCUUCUCUGUCAAGGAGGACCCCCCCUAUUUGAACGGCAUCGUCCUCACGUUCGCAGUUGUGCCAAAGGACACAGCUAGCCUGGAAGCGGGGAGCUCAAGCACUGCCACUGCCGAUUCGAUGCAGCAAACUGGCAGAGAGGCCGUCGCUGACCCCACGCAGGCUGCCAACAUCCCCUGCGGCCCACAACACCAUCCCAGGCAGGAGGACAGCGAAGGUCCUGCAGUGCAGGGCGAUCAGCAGGCUGGGAGGGAGCAGGGGGAUGCAGGCCCAGCUGAGGUUUGGAACACCAUGGGCCAGCAAGCCUUGAGUCAGGCAGGCAGGGGACGAAAAAAGCCGAAAAAAAAGAGGGCUGGGAGGGGGCCUGGCACGCCUGUUGGGAGGGGUCAAAUAGAUGGGCAGAUGGCACAGCACUCUGCCAGCCACCAGGUUGUGGGGAACCCGUUUGGGCAUCCGCACGUGCAUGUCGCGGCGGGUCCAAGCAGCAGGGGUGGUUUGCAGCACUCGCGUGUGCCAGCCGUGCCGCACCAUGCGAAGAAUGGGCAGGCGGCAACAGGGGCUGGGGCCAAGCCAAGGACACCUCCCACUCAGGCUGCUCAUGCCCGUGGGGAUGGUAAUGAACUCAGGCACAUGCAAAAGGGUGUUGAGGGGAAUUUUCGGACAGUGCCACCCUCUGAGUCACAAGAGGCCAAUGCGUUUGUUUCUGAGCUGCUGAGCACGAUAAACCAUGGUCGCAGCAGGACAGACAGCAUGGACAAGGCGGAGCAAGGGAGACAGGUGGACGUGCCCAAAGGUCCUGCACCUCCAUCAGAAGGGACAAGGAAUUCAGAUGGAGUCACCUCCACAGCCUCGGGCGCAGCUUUGCACCAGUCAGACCACAGCAUGGAGGUGCCAAUCAUGCCAUCUGCCAUGGCUGUGAAAGCUCGGCCGACACCCACUUCUGGGCCUACUAACCUAAGCAGCGACCAGCAGCAUGGUAGGGCAGCCACAGAGCAGAAGUUCCACAUUGGAUCAGAAGACCAGAGGCAAUGCACUGAUGCACCUACUGGGCCAUCAUCUGCAGCCAGCAAGGCCAAAGAGAGGGACCCCGCACCCUCAGACCCAGCCCUGCCAAAGGCUGCCAGCUCUGUCAAGCGACCCGGCACCAUUCCCAACGUGGGUCCUGGCUGUACCACAGUCCCAGCAUCGGCCGCAGUGGAUGGGGCUGCAAGCGGGAGCCUGAAAACCCAGCCUACUGCGUUGUCAGCAGUGGGUUCGAUGGCCAACGUGGUGCCAAGCCAUGUGCAAAUGGCGCAGAAGGGGAUGGAGGCUGGUGGUGUUGGCCGAGAGGGUCUCGGAGCGAUGGAGAAGGUGCUGUCGUAUCCCAACAGGCAGCUUUUCCCAGAACAGGGUGCUGUUGGGCCGGUGCACCCCAUGGUUAUGAUAGACAGGGAGCAGCUGACGAUUGCCAUGAACAACUUUGAUGAGGAGGAUGUGUACAUACGCCGCAGCAACAAGUCCAGUGCAUCGCUGGAGGGGUCUGGAGCCGGUGAGCACAGCGCUUGUGCCGAGGUGCCUGAGACGCCUCAGGUGCCCAGCUCCGCUCCCCAGGAUGUGAAGGAGGUGACUGGCAAGCAGGACUGGCGGCACAUGAACGGCUAUGCAUCCGGGGCGCCCCAAACUCACAAACUAAAUUUCCAGCUUGCCAACAGUUUGCUGUAUGGUGACCCUGACAAGGCCGCUGAGUGCCAUGGCAGCCAGUCCGUGGGUGACACCCCUAUGGGCUGCUCCUUGCCCACCGUGCACAGGGAGACAUCAGCAGACAUGGACCCUCCGGGGCUGGGCCUUGAGCAGGUGGCUUCUAAUACCCACCAUCUUGGCAUGAGUUCGCGAUCAGAUAUGGGGUCGUCUACCACGCGGCAACCACCUGUGAUGUCAUCCCGCCACGUGUCCGUCAGCAAGGCGGCCGUGCCCCUGCCCUGUGCGGCGGAAGCCAAGCCUCCCAAGGUGGCUGCAUGGGGAUGGGAGGCAUUGGAUACCCCAACUCGGGAGAAGAGCUCGCAAAUGGAUGCCGCUGGGGUGCCAAGGGGGGCCCUUCCACACAAUGGGAUCCCACCGCCUACAAACGACCUGGAUCGGCUGCUGCUCCAGGCCACGCCAAUGCUGGAGGUGGACCCCAAAAAGCGGGUGGAAAAGGCGCUUGAGGAUCUGAAACUCGCGGACGUGUGGCAGUUUUACUACGAGCCCAGCAUGUUUGGCCGUGAAGUCUACAUUCUGGGAGGGACGCGAGGCCCUUCCAUGGCCUACUUCCUGCCCUACCUGUCAGCCGUCCAGAUCUUCCUCCCCAGCGAUGGCCCCACAGACCCCCACAGCUACGUGUGUGAGAUCAACAUGUGGCCGCAGCACAUGCGCCUGCACUUCGAGCACUUCGAGAAGAAGCCCCCUUGGUACCGCCUGCCCAUGUAUGACGCCGUCAUGGAGCUCUCCAAGUCCUUCCCGGAUCUCAAGAAACUGAAGCUCAAAAAGCUGCACCCAGCGUCCUGGUUCUGCGUGGCAUGGUACCCGCUGUAUAGGAUCCCAGACGCCCCACUGGUCACGCGCUUUCUUACAUUCCACACCUUCCACCCACCGCUAGUGAGCCCACUGGCCAAUGGGGGUGUUGUGCCGCUGCCCGUGUAUGGCGUGGAGUGGUACAACAUGAGAGAUGAGCCUUGGCUGGAGAAUGUGUCUGUGGCGCCAGAUGGGUCGGAGGUGGACGAGGAGAUGCGUGGCUUGAUGGACCAGGCCUGGCAGGUGCAUGUGCGGGACCUGCGCACCAACGCCGAGAAGUUCGCGAGGGGCAUCGCCUUCAAGAAGAAGUACACAUGGGAGGACGGCGUGGACGAGUCCAAAAAGCACCACGAUUUUGAGCAUUUUUACAAGGCGAAUUAUGGCUAG